UGCUCGAGAAAAAAAAAAGCCUUGCUAGCGCGAACGUGCUGCCCGUGACCAACCGGUGUGUCUUUGGUUAUAAACAACUGGAUAGUUCUCUUUUACAGUCAGUAAGUUCGGAUCAUCUCCAACGGCUCUUGUACGGGACCACACCGGGAACCAAGUAACGUACAAAAUAUCUAAACCGAAGAGGAAAAUCGUGAAUAAUGUCCGAAAGCGAAAACUGCGUAGAACUGCGGGAAGAGCCGACUGAAGUUGAAGAAGCCGGAGGAGCAGAGGAAAAGUCGGAUUCUUCAGAUGCUGGAAAAGAGUCUUCCUCAGAUGCGGGUCCUGAUGGACAAGAUGCAUCCCCCUCCUCCUCCAAAACUAAAGAUGCCAAUCCUGGUUAUGAAGAGAAAGUGCAAACAGACCGGACCAACAGAUUUGAGUACCUGCUGAAGCAAACAGAGUUAUUUGCUCACUUUAUCCAACCAGCCGCACAGAAGACUCCCACCUCACCCCUGAAGAUGAAGCCAGGGCGCCCUCGCAUCAAGAAAGACGAAAAACAAAACCUGUUGUCUGCUGGAGACAACCGACAUCGUCGCACAGAGCAAGAGGAGGAUGAAGAGCUUCUGAGCGAGAGCACCAAGACAACUAAUAUCUGCACCCGUUUCGAUGACUCUCCCUCCUACGUCAAAACAGGAAAAAUGAGAGACUACCAGGUCCGCGGUCUGAACUGGCUCAUUUCCCUGUAUGAGAACGGCAUCAACGGCAUCCUUGCCGAUGAGAUGGGUCUGGGGAAGACUCUGCAAACCAUCGCCCUGCUAGGAUACAUGAAGCAUUACAGAAACAUCCCUGGUCCCCACAUGGUGCUGGUGCCCAAGUCCACCCUCUACAACUGGAUGAAUGAGUUCAAGAGAUGGGUGCCUUCACUGCGGGCAGUCUGCCUGAUAGGAGACAGAGAACAGAGGAAUGCCCUGAUCCGAGAUGUGCUGCUGCCUGGGGAGUGGGAUGUUUGUGUCACAUCCUACGAAAUGCUCAUCAUUGAAAAAGCCGUGUUCAAGAAGUUUAACUGGAGAUACCUGGUCAUCGACGAAGCCCACAGGAUCAAGAAUGAAAAAUCAAAGCUGUCAGAAAUUGUGCGCGAAUUUAAGACCACCAAUCGUUUGCUGCUGACUGGAACACCCCUGCAAAACAACCUGCACGAGCUGUGGGCUCUUCUGAACUUCCUGCUGCCUGAUGUCUUCAACUCAGCAGAGGACUUUGACUCCUGGUUUGACACAAACAACUGCCUGGGAGAUCAGAAGCUGGUUGAACGUCUUCACACUGUUCUUCGGCCCUUCUUGCUUCGACGUAUUAAAGCCGACGUAGAAAAGACCCUGCUCCCAAAAAAAGAGAUCAAGAUGUAUGUUGGCCUGAGUAAGAUGCAGCGAGAGUGGUACACAAAGAUUCUGAUGAAGGACAUUGACAUCCUGAACUCGGCGGGUAAGAUGGACAAGAUGCGUCUGCUGAAUGUUCUCAUGCAGCUGAGGAAGUGCUGCAACCACCCAUAUUUGUUCGAUGGAGCUGAGCCCGGUCCCCCCUACACCACUGACCUCCACUUGGUGGUGAACAGUGGUAAGAUGGCGGUGCUGGACAAGCUGCUACCCAAAAUGAAGGCGCAGGGUUCUCGGGUGCUCAUCUUCAGUCAGAUGACCAGGGUGCUGGACAUCUUGGAAGACUACUGUAUGUGGAGGAAUUAUGGCUACUGUCGUCUGGAUGGCCAGACCCCACACGAAGAGAGACAGAUCUCUAUCAACGCAUACAACGAGCCCAACAGCGCUAAGUUCCUCUUUAUGUUGAGCACCAGAGCUGGAGGUCUGGGUAUCAACUUGGCUACAGCUGAUGUGGUCAUCCUGUAUGACUCUGACUGGAAUCCUCAAGUGGAUCUUCAGGCCAUGGAUCGAGCUCACAGGAUUGGUCAGCAGAAGCAGGUCCGCGUCUUUCGCUUCAUCACUGAAAACACAGUGGAGGAGAGGAUCGUGGAGAGGGCUGAGAUGAAACUGCGCCUGGACUCCAUUGUCAUCCAGCAAGGAAGACUUGUGGAUCCAAGUGCAAACAAGCUGGGUAAGGACGAAAUGCUGUCCAUUAUCCGCCACGGUGCCACACACGUGUUCGCUUCCAAAGAGAGCGAAAUCACAGAUGAUGACAUCGAUGAAAUUCUAGAGAGAGGGGAAAAAAAGACCAUAGAGAUGAAGGAGAAGAUGUCUUCACUGGGGGAGAGCUCUCUGAGAAAUUUCACCAUGGACACAGAGAACAGCAGCGUAUACACAUUCGAAGGAGAGGAUUACAGAGAGAAGAAAAAGGUAACAAUCAACAACAUCAACCAGCCUUUUGCUGCCAUAUUCCAUCAACAGGAACAUUUGAGUUUACUUUAUUUCUUCAUCUUCCCUCAGGUCAUAACAAACUGGAUCGAGCCACCCAAGAGAGAAAGGAAAGCCAAUUACGCAGUGGAUGCUUACUUCAGAGAAGCUCUGCGAGUCAGUGAGCCCAAAGCACCCAAGGCUCCUCGUCCUCCCAAGCAGCCAAAUGUUCAGGACUUCCAGUUCUUCCCUCCUCGUCUCUUUGAGCUUCUAGAAAAGGAAAUUCUGUUCUACAGGAAGACCAUAGGCUACAAGGUUCCCCGUAAUCCGGACACGCCAAACUCAGCCCAGGUCCAGAAAGAAGAGCAGGCUAAGAUCGAUGAGGCAGAGGCUCUCACAGAGGAGGAACUGGAGGAGAAGGAGAACCUGCUGCAACAGGGAUUUACCAUCUGGAACAAACGUGACUUCAACCAGUUCAUCAAAGCCAACGAGAAGUGGGGAAGAGACGACAUCGAGAACAUUGCCAGAGAGGUUGAGGGAAAAACUCCAGAGGAAGUCAUGGAGUAUUCUGCUGUGUUCUGGGAGCGCUGCAAUGAGCUGCAGGACAUUGAGAAGAUCAUGGCGCAGAUAGAGAGAGGAGAGGCCAGGAUCCAGAGGAGGAUUAGCAUUAAGAAAGCACUUGACUCAAAGAUUGGUCGCUACAAGGCUCCCUUCCAUCAGCUCCGUAUCUCCUAUGGCACUAACAAAGGAAAGAACUACACGGAGGAGGAGGACCGCUUCCUCAUCUGUAUGCUCCACAAGCUCGGCUUCGACAAGGAGAGCGUGUACGACGAGCUGCGUCAGUGCAUCCGCAACUCGCCUCAGUUCCGCUUUGACUGGUUCCUCAAAUCCAGGACUGCUAUGGAGCUCCAGAGGCGAUGCAACACCCUGAUUACACUGAUCGAGAGGGAGAACAUGGAGCUGGAGGAGAGAGAGAAGGCUGAGAAAAAGAAACGAGGCCCUAAGUCUGCUUCGGCCCAGAAACGGAAGUCAGAGGGAACCCCAGACGGCCGUGGACGAAGGAAAAAGCUCAAAUUGUGAAGCUGUCAACAACUUGAAUCUACUGCAUAAAGAGAGCGGCAGCCAGCUCUGGUAUGGUUAGUCCUCGUGUCUGUGUUUGUUUAACAGGCUGUGAUAAUGUACUGUGUAAAACCCUCUGAUGGACUGAUCUCAUUGUUUUAGGUCAUAGGGAGUGCUCCUCUGCAAGCCUGCCUUGUUGUCUCUUACCUAGACGCUGCAGCUGUGCUGGUUUAGUUUGUUUGCUAGAUGUUUUUUUUUUACUAGUACUAAAUUGAAAUAAGUGUAUUUAUGCCUGUUGGUUGUACUACAUUCCAUUGCUCUAUACAACAUGUUCCCUUUUUACUUUGAAGACGACUUUGUUCAUUUAUCUUCCUAUGUGAAGUAGAAAAUGUCUUUUUGAACAUCAUAAAUAAACUUCCCAUUUUUUAAAAA